AUGUCGACCCAAUCUGUUCAAACUUUUGGUAAGAAAAAAACCGCAACCGCCGUUGCUCACGUUAAAAAUGGUAAAGGUUUAAUCAAAAUCAAUGGUUCACCAAUCACCUUGGUGGAACCAGAAAUCUUGAGAUUCAAAGUUUACGAGCCAUUAACUUUAGUUGGUUUGGACAAAUUCCAAAAUAUUGACAUUAGAGUUAGAGUUACCGGUGGUGGUCACGUAUCCCAGGUUUAUGCUAUCAGACAAGCCAUUGCAAAAGGUUUAGUUGCUUACCAUCAAAAAUUCGUUGACGAAGCCUCCAAAAAUGAAUUAAAGAAGGUCUUUGCCGCAUACGAUAAAACCUUGUUGGUUGCUGACUCAAGAAGAAUGGAACCAAAGAAAUUCGGUGGUCGUGGUGCCAGAGCAAGAUUCCAAAAAUCUUACCGUUAA